AUGUCAUUAUCAACAAGAAGUUAUUCAAAAGAAUCUCGUUCGUCCUCCCAUUAUUCUCGUUCGUCUUCCUAUCAUACAAGCGGUAGUAAUAAUUAUAAUUUUUCACAUCGUUCUGGUGCUUUCAAUAAUGAUCGUCCAUUAAGCGUUCGUUUAAUUGAGCGAGACUUUUCAUACCCAUCGCUUGCAUGCAAUUGGGAUUUCGAUGAUCCAUUCUUUUUUGAUCGUAUUCGUUGGCGUUUCGAUAAUAAUAUUUUAAAAUUAAACUUUGGAUUAGGACGUAAUAUUCCUAUUAGCUAUUCAAGUUGGACUAGUGGACCCACAAGAAUUAUACCUAUUCAGUAUAUCUCAUCAUCAAAGAGUCAUCGUCAUCAUUUAUAUAAAAAGUUAGACAAUAAUGAUGAUUUGGGAUUAAGCUUUUCAAAGCGUCACGAUGAAAAUUCUAUGAUACGAGAAAAUCGUCUUUCAUCUGAUGACUGGCCAUCAAAAGCAGAACCUCUAACUCGUAAGCGAACAAGUAUGACAAUAUAUGUUCAACAGCCAUAUAUCGAUCUUUCGGAAGUGCCUUAUUAUCGUCAAACACAGCCAACACCAACCUAUCCACAAUCAGCAAGAACAGAUUAUUACUAA